CCUGGUUGCGUCACGGCCCCUCCCCCGGUGAGCCGGCUCUUUCUUUGCCCUGAGCGAGCGCUCGGGUGGUCGCCAUUGGAGCUCGCGCGCCGGGGGACAGCAGCGGAGCGAUGAAGAUCUGGAGCUCGGAGCACGUGUUCGGACACCCAUGGGAUACAGUUAUCAAAGCUGCUAUGAGAAAAUACCCCAAUCCCAUGAAUCCAUGUGUGGUAGGAGUAGAUGUGAUAGACAGAAGCCUUGAUAACCAGGGAAGGUUACAUAGUCACCGACUUCUCAGCACAGAAUGGGGACUACCAAGUAUUGUAAAAGCGAUUUUGGGAACAAGUAGGACUUUGACAUACAUUAAAGAACAUUCGGUGGUAGAUCCAGUAGAAAAGAAAAUGGAACUCUGCCCACCAAUGUAAAUUACUCUCACAAAUUUGGUGUCAGUUGAUGAGAGAUUGGUCUACACGCCUCAUCCUGAAAACCCAGAAAAGACUGUGCUAACUCAAGAAGCAAUUAUUACUGUAAAAGGCGUUAGCCUGAGUAGUUAUUUGGAAAGUUUAAUGGCCAACACAAUAUCCUCCAAUGCUAGAAAGGGUCGAGACGCCCUGGAAUGGGUGAUCGGCAAACUAAACACAGAGUUUGAGGAGUUAACAUCAUCGACACGGGAGAGCAUGAAAUCUGGAAUGGCAGCGGCAUCAGCAGCAGAGAAUUGAGGCCGCAGAACACUGAGGAACUGUGACAGAACAACUUUAAACCAUGAACUUUAUUUCCUUAGAUCUCUUCUCUAUGGCUGAUAAUGCCAGUCGUUUAUAUGUUCAUAGGAAUGUCAGAACUCGAGAAAAAUAUUUUUCUAGCGCUCUCUAGCCUCCAUAUCAACUUAUUUGACCAGUGAAGACUAACAUGAGCUCUUAUGCUUUCCUUUAUUUUUAUUUAAAAAACCCCAUGUGCUGUAGCCAAUUGAAACAAAAUCUUUCUGACAAUUCUUAAAAAUGCCAAAAUGUGCCUUUUCGUAAAGGCGGUAACUAGUAGGUUUCUUCUAUAUUAUACCAUCUGUUUUUUGUGCUCACUUUUUUUUUUUAAAUGUGUGUACAUAUAUUUAUUAAGAAUUUCUUUAAAGAGAGCAGCUGCUGUAUUUUAUGAAGGGCGAAUGGGUAUAAAAGCACUGAAUCUAGUGUUGGUCUUCGCUGCCGAAGCGGAAUGGCGAAAAGUAACACACACUGUAAAGUGAUGGAGAUAUUUACUCAGGUUAUCUGAAAAGCUAGAUCUUGCGUGGUGGUACUGACUUUUGUUGUUAAAUGCAGUGUCUGAAUGUGAUACACAGGUAAUUUAUGUCUUGGAUGUUUGGAUACAAACCUCCGACAGAUGUAGUGAGUAUUUAGACUUGAAUGUAGAUUUUUAGUUAGACUUUGGGGAGAGAAGAUGUAAUUUAUUUUUGUAAUAUUUAUUCACUGGCUCUAGGAUUUUUUUUUUUUUUUUUUUUUUUCUUUUCCUCCCUCUCUUCUGGAGGAGCCGCUGAUACCUCCAUGGAAACCAUUGGAAAACGAUUGACUUCUAAAUGCAACUUUUUACAAGGUGAUUUGAAUGAAGAGUAUCGUUGCUUCAGAUUGUAACACUUAACUACUGUGAAAGUGAUUCUUAUACCACAAACAAAGAUAUCAUGAAGACUCGGCAGCAAACUUGGAUCCACUCUGAAGAGUAACAGUACUUUAAAAAAAAAAAAAAAAAAAACACGCAGCAGAACUGGCUUUCUCUAGGUCCCGUCCCCCCCCCCCCCCCGCAGAGCUUUUCAUGGACUUUCAGUGUUUCUUUGUAUUUGUCUUUAAUUUACAUUUUAACAAUAUUUUUGUCUUGGUGGCAUGAGUAAUCAUUUUUAGGCUCAUUUAAAUGUUUCUGGUCAUAGUCAUUCAUUGUCUGUCUGGGAAAACAAGAUUGCAAAAUCCAGUAACCCCUAUGGAGUAGAAUAUUUGAAGGAAAAUUACUAAUUGGGUUGCUUUCCAAAAAGUAUGAAAUCCAAAACUGUUAAAGGUACUGAUCUUUCUUUGACAGGGCUACAGAAAUGAGUGUCUGAAAGCAGCACUAGUUUCUGAUGCAGCCUUCAACUGAAGGUAAAUUUUUGAUUUGUUGAAUUUAAAUUAAAUCUUUUUUGUGUGCACGCAAAGGCUGAAGAAACAGUCUGUUCUGUUUGCACAAGGAAUCAAGUCUUUUUGCAACAAACGAUUUAGAAAACUACUUUUGAGUGAAAAUUAAAUAUUUUUUUAAUGGUAAAAAUAAAUGAUUGUUCCAUAACUUGCUUUGAUUUGAGUGCUUUAAAAUACAAUGCUAGCUUGGUGGCAAACCCACCAAACACGUGCACAAUAUAGUUUGGUAACUGUAGAAACACUAUGCUAAGUGUUCUUUUUUUAAAUUAAGAGGUAGGUCUGUAACUAUUAAAGUACACUUUCCUACCAAGUAAAUAUUUCUAUUUUAAACAAAAUUUUGGUUGGAUGAUAGGACUUAAUCUUAGCUUUUCAGAAGCCAGUCAGUGACAGUAAACAUUUACCUUUUGUCUUCAUAUGGACCUCAGGUGUUUCCUAUAUGAAACAGACACUUAGUUCUGAAUAAGGCCUGGAAGUAUGUUGUCUUUCUCCAAAGGACAACUUGCGUAAUACUGACAUUUUAGUUGAAGUGAGUUUUACAUGGUGCCCUUUCCUGGGAGGGGGGGGAAUGCAGAAAGGUCUAGUUGCCCAAAAAAAAAAAAGUGUCUGAUACUACCUUGCCAUUUCAUCCUGGCACAAAUGAGUGAGACACAAUGGGCACACUUAUGCAAAUGAGAUAAAACAGGUGUGACUGAUUUUGGGGAAGUUGUAGUACAACAUUCCAACACAUGCCUGCUGUGGGAGGUGUUAAAUGCACAGGUGUGGCUAUGCUGCAGUAAAACAGCCAUGGCUGGCCUGUGUCAGCUGAAGCAGGAGCACAGAGCUAUAAAAUUGUACUGUAGACAUUCAGGAUGUGAGGGGUGAGAGUCCUGGAGCCCAGGCUCCAGUCUGUGGCCAAACUUCUACAGUACAGUUUUAUAGCGCUGUGAGCCUGAUUCUACUAACAUGGGCCAGCUGAUGGGUUUAUUAUUGCAGUGUAGACAAUGCUGCCUCAUGUAGCUCCUGGCCCCAGCAGUUCUUCUGUCCUCUUGUUCUCCCUGGUCACUAGUUGCUCUGGGCUUUUAUUGACCCCCUCUUUUGGCCUGAAAGGCCAUGACUUGGGUUGUAGCUACACAGGGAGAGGAAGUUAAUCCUAUCUGUUUCUUGGCUGUGCUCCCAAGAGAGCUGCUUAGAGCUUUUGGGAUGUCUGCCCACCUAAUGCCCUGUUGGCCUAGGUCACUGCCUCUAUCCUUGCUCUGCCUCCCCCUUAGUCUGACAAUCAUUCAGGGUAGAGAGGGCCCUCUGCUUUAAAUCCCCUGAAAAGAAGAUGCAAGUUGCAUCCACUCUUAAUAAUUUUGCUAGGCAUAGCCUCUUGCACUGUCCUUUCUGUGAUCUAAUACCACCCACCCUGCAUAUGUGCACCCUUGGGACCACCGAGUGAUUGAUCACACUGCACUUUAUCUGCCUUACCAGAAGUUCAUCAGGUCCAAUGUUACUUGGGAUCUAUCUUGACUUUCACUAGGAAGCUCAUCCUCUUUCAUAUCCGGGUUUCUAUUUUCCUAUGGCUUGUCAGAACGGUUUUCUAUUUUGCUGGUAUCCUCUUCUUGUGAACAACACUGCUCCAGUUAUAGGUGUGGUCCUCUGGGCAGUCUGCCCUUUCAUCCUGUUCCUCCUCCUGUCAUUGCAGUAGUUCUAUGGAGCCAUUGUGCAGAAGGGCCUUGGCCCUCCGAUGGGGACUACAUUUUUCACAAGUCACAUCUGUAUAUUCCCAAUCUUGCACAAGAGUCCCCCCCUAGGACCUCUGGCACUCACGUAAGCUCCCUUCCCCCCCCCCUGCAUCUAUCCACACAAAGUUCUACAAUAUCUUCCAACUCUUUGGCUGAAACAGUCUUCCUCUGGUUAGUCUUCUGUGUGUAUGGAAAAUUUCUGAUGGAUCAGAUUUUAUUCUAGUCUUGCACUAAUCAAAAUGCCUUGUAACUGGGCCCUUUCAAUGUGGUGGUUCUCUCCUGUAUUGGGCACUUUUAAGUCUAAUUUCUCAAAUGUUGAGGUAGAAAACCCUAUGGUGCUAAUGUGGGCUCUGCCACUGCAGCCAACAGAAAGGAGGGAAAAGCUUACAUCCUAGGGCUGAGUUAAAUUAAAAAAAAAACUAGGACCUAACCUGUCCCGCUCUUUUUGGGUCUCGGAGGUGAGGCCAAAAACGUCAGUGUUGAGCAAAAGAAAAUCACUUGGCUCAGUAAAGGGCAGUAGGUGCACGUUUAGAUAGGAAUCCUACACUAUAGUACCAUGAGGGUUGAAAGAAGGGAAUUAAGGGGUUUUGGUUGUUUACAGCUCAGCCUUAACUCUAGUAGUGCUAUUGUCAAUGCAGAUCUUACCUACAUGCACAUCAUUAAACAAGUAAGAGCUGAAGCAGACUUCUAAUGCUGUCUAAGUCCCAUCUCAAUGUUCCCUUUGUUUUAGAGUAAUCUGAGUCUAAGGAUUUCUCUCCUUAAAGCAGUCGUGCUGAUAUUAGCUGAGACAAUUUUGGAAAUAUCAGUUGUAUCUAAUAUUGAAUGUCCUGUUCUCCAUUGUAUCUGUGUGUAACUUUCUCUCAUUGUCUACUCUCCCAUGCCCCCCUUCAGAUUACUUACCCCUGCUGUGACUGCAGUUCUGUAGUCUUCGAUACUGGGGUAGGGAGUGCAGUGGUGCCAGUGCUAGAGGUAAUGUAUAGGAAAGCUCUCACUAGUGGGGAAAUGUCCAGGCUUAGUGUAAAGAGAGCCUGAGCCUACUAAAAGUAGCUGAGGUAAGUAGAAGAAACCCAGCUACAGCAUUUCUGCCUUCUGAGAAUUAUUGAUAAGUGUGAUCACUUUUGUUGCUGCAUAAUUUAUAAAAUAGAGUACAUUAAACAUUGAUCUACCAUAUGUUAACCAAGACCUUCCCAUUAAAUUAAAUGCAUUUAAUCUUCCUUAUACUUUAGACAAUAUUUAAACUCUUAUUACAGUGAAGGCAACAUGAUGGUUACAGGGGAGGAUAACAGAUACAUGUUAACUCUUCCUCUUCUACUCUCCCCAUUUUCAUCUCAGUUCAGACUGUAAGCUCCUCAAACUGUGAUUCUCUGCCCUAUCUCUAAUGUAAGGUGCCAUGCACAUCUAUAGUGCUAAGUAAUUACACACUCUACUAAAAAUAA